AUGGCUGCUAUUGAAUCAUCGCUUCCUUUUAUUCGAGAAGCCAUCAAUGUACUCGACAUUUCACCUGCAUCAGGUCCUCUUAUUAUGGCUGAUUUUGGCUCAGCCCAUGGACUGAAUUCAACGUAUGCUAUGAAGAAGAUCAUCGAAUAUCUACAAGAAUUUAACAAGGUUGAUGGUAAAACACAACUACUUAUUGUACACAAUGAUUUGCCUACCAAUGACUGGAAAACUGUCUUUGAACUCUUGAACAGAAACAAUUCGUACUAUAGUGUAGCUAGCGGUCGAUCUUUCUAUGAAUCGUGUCUUCCGUCAGAUUCUUUAUCAAUUGGUUAUUCAUCAAAUUCUAUUCAUUGGCUUUCUCGCAAACCGUGCAAUAUUUCGAAUCAUUGCAUAGCUAGUUUUGCUCAAGGUGAUGAACUUAAAGCAUAUCAAGAACAAGCUCGUCUGGAUUACACUCAAUUCAUAAAGCAACGUGUUCGCGAACUUAAAGUUGGUGGUGUAUUUAUUUUAACAAAUUUCAGUGUGAAUGAGCAAGGUUUAAAUGGAAUAGAAAAUAGCAUGAAUGUCCUUUACCAAUGUGCUCAGUCACUUUCACUUCUAACACCUCAAGAACUGUUGGAUUAUUCGAUUCCAAUGUACAAUCGUUCGUUGAACGAAUGUGUUGAUCUUCAAUUAUUUCAUCAAUGUUCAUUGACAUUGAUCAAAUCAAGUCUCGUUGAAGUAAAAACACCAUUGUAUAAGCAAUAUACCAAUGGCGAAAUAUCUCUAGAUGAAUUUGCACGAACUCGUACUCAAACCACACGAACUUAUACCGAAUCACCGUUAAGACAAGCUUUGGAAGAUAACGGUCGACUCAAAGAAGAAGUUGACAAUAUAUUAACUCAGUUUUGGACACUCUACGAGCAAGAAGUGAAGAAGAAACCAGAUGAUUACAAAGCGAUUAUGUAUAACACUUAUCUUGUUUUGAAGAAAAUAAAAUCAGAAAAAUAG